AGGGCCGGACUCCCCUCUUAGAGGGAUAGCAAACUGCUUUCUCCUCUAUAUUCCUCCCUGGCCGGUCCAUCGCGUUCGUAAAGAAAAAGCAGACGGAAAGUCAUGGCAAUAGACUCAACCUAAAAAUGUUCCAAAUGGCUUUCUUGCUAUCGCUAUCAGUGGAUUCGCCUGAGUUAGACGAUGUUUUUUCUCCUGAACUUCGUAAGAAAAAUGUUCUACUUGAAGAAGUUUUUACACCAGCAGUUAGUUCUCAAUAUAGUCAGAGGAGUGUUGAUGAGACACCGACUCACAGCUUUCAGGAAGAGUCCAACCAUUCAUUUCCGUCCAGGUUGACUAGUCCUGAAGUGACAGAAUUCUCUCUUACAAAACCAAGAAAUGAAAACAAGAAACGGAGUUCAUUUUCUGACUUCUCUCAAGCAAUCACAAAGAUUUUACGAAGCAUUAAGGAUGAUUCUGUCAAUUAUGACAAUUCUUUUUCAUCUAGGUUGCCAAUAACCCCAGUUUCGCGACUGAAACCAACUAAAGAAAAUAAUAAAAGGAUAUCAGUUUCUGGUAUUUCCAAAGCAUUCCAAAGUCAUCAGUCACAUGUGGGUAGUACCUCUAAUGUUCACGACCUGGAGUCAAAAGUUAUUGAACUCCGAGCUGCUGCAGUUGCUGCAAAAGAAGAACAUCAAACUAACAGUGCUUCUCAGAUGGCUGCAUUGACUGAAGAACGGGACGCAGUGACCGCUCACCUGUCGAUUGUCCAGUUGGAAAAUCAAGAGUUGAAGUCAAAUAUUUUGAGGUUGGAGUGGAUGUUGAAGGAGUGUGACUCUACUCUCAACGGAGCUCGUCAAGCUCACGCUGGAGCUGUAUUUCGUGCGGAAGAAGCGGAGCGACAGUUGGCCGAUUGCCUGCGAUGUCUUUCUGAAGAACAGCAGAAACAUCGAUUUGUCCUAGACGAACGGGCGGAACUGGACGUGAAAUUGACCAAAGCGGAAGAGAAAUUGGUUGAGCUCACUUCCCUGCAGAUCACUAAUUCCAAGUUGAGCAUGGAACUCGAAAGGGCUCAAUCCUGGAUUCAACCCACAAAAAAGGAACAAGAGGCCGAGCUGCCUGAAUGGAAAGCUACUGAACCCCGAUUGCAGGAAAGGAUCUUCUCGCUUGAAGCGAGCGAUAAUAAAAAGUCGAGACUUUUGAAUGGAAUCAGUCAGCUAAUAGAGAACAAGGAUCGACUCUUGUCGGAUGAAAGUGCCAAUCAGUUGAUGCAAGUACCUACUGCCAUGGUGGAUGAUGAAACCAAAAGAGCCCGCCAGUUUUUACAGAGGUACGAUGACCCUCGAACUUUUUUUACCGUGGGAAAUCGAAUUCCGGACAAUGAAUAUGAAUUUCAAGCAAAAGAUCAGCUGGGGCAGGAGUUUCCACGAAAAAAAUUGAAAACCAUCACACGUUUAUUCAAUGACAAUUUUAAACGUUACACUCCGACAUUCUUUGCCUUAAAGAAAACCGCUGGAAAACCAUAAAUAGAAAAACACGGCGAGAGAAAAGCAAAAUAAGUAAAACAAAUAAUUUUCUACUCGAAGAGGUAAAAUGU